GCAACUGCUUUCAAUACUACUCUCAUAACUCCCACAAACUCCUCUCCAUCCAGGAAUACUGCUGAACUUAAUGCAAAUGACAAUGAUGAUGAAAUUCCUGUAGUAAGCACAAAGGAUCCUGACUUUUAUGACUCAGAACAAUGGGCAAACUACGUUGACAGCAUCUUAGAAGGAAUAGCUGUCCCCCAACCUUCUCAGACACCACAAUCUACAACACCCAACCAAACUUCUGCAUCAACAAGACAACAAAGUCACUCAAACCAGCAGCAUGCAGCUACUUCAGCAAUUAAUAGAACAUUCAAAAUUACAACAUUGAAUGUGUCUGGUUGUAAAAUUUGGCUGUUUGAGAACAGUAUCUCCCAAUCUACCCUAAAUGGGCGAAACGGAUCAAAUGCCUGCACUUUUAUUGCUAUUAUUUUAGCCAAAACAGUCAUUUCUAAUUUAGGAACACUUGCAUUUCCAAUUGCCCAGUUGUCACCAGUUUGGGGAGUGAUUAUGUGUAAUUGCAUUUCUCAUGGAAAUAGAGUUCACCAACAAGUCACAGGAGGCCAGGCUAUUUAUUUCAGUGUUCAAGAUGCUGCUGUGCAUCUAUCUUCAAUUGGCACAAUCAUGGUAGAAGACUCCUUUGAUGUAGACUUUGUGUGUCAGAAUCCACAAGUCCCACAGUCAUCACUUAGGUUCUACCUCCAGCGUCUAGUGAGAGAACCCAAUAUCGCUGCAAUCGUAAUAAUCAAUGGCUUAUCUGUAUGUUUCCUUGGAAGAGGGAAUGAAGUGCUUCUCCUUGAUAGCCAUUUGCAUGGAACUUUUGGUGCCCUUGUUGGUAAAGCUGCACUGCAAGAUAUUGAUCAAUAUUUAACUAUAUGUAAGCAGUGGUUAAGUCCUAAUGUAAUUAUGUGUACUGUUACUUUUAUAAGUUUUGUUUAGAAUUACAGUAAUGUAUUUGCUAUUGCUGUCAGCAACAUGCUAGUAAACACCCGACUAAGUUUUUGACAAGUUUCUAACAGGUUUUAGACAGUCUGUUACACAAGUUGAGUAAACUUCAUAUGUAAAGGAUGUCAAAAACACAACAGAAUCUUGUCAACUUAGAUGAGUGUUCAUGGUAGCACAUGUCUAAAUUAAUAUUACAAUGAAUUUUGAGUACUUUACAGCGAUGAGAAUUUGUAUGAAUAACAGCAGGCGAUAUUUGACUGAUAUGAAAUAGUGGACUUCAUUCGGGAUAAUUCAGAGCUGCAUUGACAAAUUUACUUACAUAACCAUGACGCAGCCCCUUUGAGAAAAAUAUUAGAAAAGUACUUCUAAGGCGAUGUUAGAAAGAAAAAUUCGAGACAGGAUUAAGAAUUAAUUAGGCCUCAUUUUUUUUGUGUUAUGAAAGCAAAAAGUUACAGGUUUCAUACAAGCUAACUGCUAAUGAAUAAGUCUCAUAUCCAUAAAAUUAGGGAAAGAGGGAAGAAUAAAACAGAUAAUUAAGCGCGAGGAGGAACAAAGGAAGUGAUUAAAAAAAACCCAGGAAAUUGAGUUGUGCUUACCUCCGCUUCGUUUCGCAUCCCUUAUAAAGUCGCUGGAGCAUAGAUCGGUAAAAUAAAUGAUCAGGGACGAAAGAAACCUUCUCUCUUUCUUUAGAUCAUAAACAUUACUCAAUGGCAAGAAAUUAAAGUGCACUUUUCUCCCAUUUUCCUCUCUUGUUUAUGCUUCCAUGUGGUAGAACGUCCGCCAUCUUGGUUUUCAAUUUUUGAGCAUGCGCAGUGUUUGACCGCCAGCCGCGAUCUGCCUCGACACAGGCCUCCAGAGCGCGCAAAACAAUAUGGCGCAUAAGUAUUUCUGUCCCUCGCAAAAACACACGAAAACUCACUGCAGAAAGCUAAGAAUUGUC